AUGCCCACAGAAACUUCAUCAUUCCAAAAGCUGUCUGUCAAAUACAAUAAAUUAUUUGCACUUAUCAACGUCUUUGAAAAGCAAGUCGAAAAGUAUGCUGAUCAAGUCUAUGGUCGUUACUAUGGUCGUCUCGACAAUAGCGUUCUGGACCACAAGACUCUUUGGUGCUCUGAUGUAGAUCGCAUUGGGACAAGCUUGGCAUGUGAAUGUAGUAGCAAGAUUAAAGGCUACGACAUCGUUGCUUUCAUAGCUGAUCAAUCUGUCCAGUACUUUCUCUGUUUCUUUGCAUGCUUAAAGUUGCGUAUUACCUUCCUAGCUCUGUCUCCUCGCAAUUCUGAAGCGGUUGUUGUCAAUUUAUUGGAGAAGAGUGAUUGUCGCUUCAUAUUCUCCACCACCAAGUAUGCUGCGUUGGCUCAGCGUGCUGCAGCUCAAGUUGAUGGCACUGUCUACCUCAUGCUUCCACCUCUCAACUUGACAGGUCGUAUCAAGUAA